AUGGUGCUGCUGGCGCCCUCGGUCGGCGCUCUCCGCAAGCUUGUAGCCAUAUGCGAGUCCUAUGCCUCGUCACACGGUUUGAUUUACAAUGGUAAAAAGAGCGAGGUAAUGGUCUUUAAAGCCGGGAACAAAUGCCCCUCGCAUGUGCCCCCAGUUCGACUCAACGGGACCGGUCUCGUAAGAGUCAAUAGGUUUAAAUACUUAGGGCAUAUUGUUACCGACGACUUAAAGGACGAUGAGGAUAUAGAGAGAGAACGGAGAGCGUUGUGUGUAAGGGCGAACAUGCUGGCCCGAAGGGUGCUGGUUGGGCUGCCUAGGUUCUGCAGCGCCUCCGCCAUGUUUGCGGAGGCUCGAACCGACGGCUUCGCAGCAAUUAUACGCAAGAAAGCGGCCUCCUUACUACGUAGAACCAGGGAUAGCACAAACAGCAUUCUGAAGAUGAUUGCUGAUCACUUCAUCAGCACCUACGUGGCGAUGACGCCACGUGGGCCGCUGGCGCCGGCGCCGCGGAGAAUAUUACUCAAUCAGCCAGGUUCAUCGAUAACGAAAUAA